AUGGGUGAACAAGAUUCGAUCAAAAGCGCGCCUUAUGAGCAGCGCGAGUCGAUGCCUCCUUACUCCAGCAAGCAAGGAAUGGUAACCAGGGAGCCCUAUGGACCAGCAGGCUUCCGUGGCCUCUUCUCCAACCCAUACGUGGCCAUGUGUGCAGCUUUCGCUACGAUCGGCGGUCUUCUCUUUGGAUACGAUCAAGGUGUUAUCUCGGUGACCCUUGUCAUGGAUCAGUUCCUUGGCCGAUUUCCACGUGUCUCGAGUGAAGCAUCAGGAGCCGGCUUCUGGAAGGGGUUGAUGACUGCUAUGCUCGAGCUGGGCGCCUUGAUUGGUGCUCUCUUUGCUGGUUGGAUCGCAGACAAGCUAUCCAGGAAGUACUCUAUUGUCGUUGCAGUCAUCAUAUUUACCAUUGGAAGUGUUUUGCAGACAGCAGCAAUGGACUACGCGAUGUUGACAGUUGGACGUUUGAUCGGUGGGUGGGGAAUCGGAGCUCUUGCAACUAUCGCUCCACUCUACAUUUCCGAAAUCGCACCUCCCGAGAUUCGCGGUGCUCUCCUUGUUUUGCAGGAGUUCAGCAUUGUUCUCGGCAUCGUAAUCGCUUUCUGGACAACCUAUGGUACGCGCUUCAUGGCCGGCGAGUGGUCAUGGCGUCUUCCGUUUCUCAUCCAGAUGAUUCCAGGCCUUGUUCUGGGUGUUGGCAUUGUCUUCCUGCCGUUCUCUCCACGAUGGCUCGCUAGCAAAGGACGCGACGACGAAGCGCUAGUCGUACUAGGCAAGCUUCGUAAGCUCCCUACUGAUGACCCGCGUAUCUUUCAAGAAUGGUGUGAGAUCCGUGCUGAGGUCACUUUCAAUCAUGAAGUCAGCGUUCAGAGGCAUCCCGAACUGCAGGCCAAAACCCGCAAGAAUGAGUUUAAGCUUGAAGUGCAAUCUUGGCUUGACUGCUUCAGGCAUGGGUGUUGGAAGCGCACUGUCGUUGGAGUGGGCAUCAUGUUCUUUCAGCAAUUUGUUGGUAUCAACGCUCUCAUCUACUACUCGCCCUCUCUCUUCGAAACACUAGGCCAGGACUACGAAAUGCAGCUUCUGCUUUCUGGCAUCAUCAACUGCACGCAGCUCGUUGGUGUUGUAACAAGUCUGUGGACUAUGGAUCGCUUUGGACGCCGACCGUUGCUCCUUGUGGGCGCUGCUCUCAUGUUCAUCUGCCAUCUCAUCAUCGCCGUCUUGGUUGGCAAGUUUGGUGACCGAUGGCUGGACUACGCAGUGGAAGGCUGGGUUGCUGUCGCCUUCCUAUUCUUCUUCAUGUUCAGCUUUGGAGCUACUUGGGGACCAGUCCCAUGGGCUAUGCCCUCAGAGAUUUUUCCGUCUUCAUUGAGGGCGAAGGGUGUCGCACUCUCAACGUGUUCGAACUGGUUCAACAACUUUAUCAUCGGUCUUAUAACUCCGCCUCUCAUUCAAAACACUGGCUUCGGAGCCUACACCUUUUUUGCCGUCUUCUGUCUGCUCGCCUUCGUUUUCACAUUUUUCGUUGUGCCGGAGACCUCUGGCAAAACACUUGAGGAAAUGGACCAGGUGUUCAAGGAUGUCAGCAGCGAGGCGGAAGAGCAACAAAAGGCUCGCAUCAUGCGCGAUAUUGUGGAAGGCAAGCAAAACGAGACCGUGGCUGUAGUUCCCUAA